AGCAAUCACCAUUACUCUAGCGAUUCACAGAAAUUCCCUCCAUUCCCCACACACUCUUUCUGUGUCUCUGCACAGAUCUGAGUUAGUCAAAUUGAGAUCUUUUCUCUCAAUAAAUAAAUGCAUAUACAUACAUAUAUACAUACACAUAUAUUCACUGGGAAUUGAAGCUAAGUAACAAACAAGCAUAAUGUCCUCAUUUUUACACCAGAGGGCAAUUCAGAACUCCCUCAGAAAUCAAUACGGAUUAUCCCUUAGAUCUUCGCAAGAUUACCAGAAACAUACAUCGUUUCUGUUCAACCGGACCUCCUUAGUUCUUCUCCUCACUAUUCUCGUGAUCGUCGGAGUUCUCUUCCCAUGGGCUCAAAUCCCUAGUAUCGGGCUUUUCCAGAUCGGUUCCAGCUCGAAGAUCUCGCAAUCCAAGUGGCGGGAGUACACGUUGGCGCAGGCGGCGGCCCACGUGUCGCGUAAUGGGACUCUGAUAGUCUGCGCUGUGAGUGAGCCUUACUUGCCCUUCUUGAACAACUGGCUGAUUAGCAUUGCCAGGCAAAAGCAGCACGAGAAGGUGCUGGUGAUUGCUGAGGACUAUGGGACUUUGUAUAAGGUGAAUGAGAGGUGGCCUGGCCAUGCUGUUCUGGUGCCUCCAGUUGUAGAGUCUCAGAAUGCUCACAAGUUUGGGUCUCAGGGCUUCUUCAAUUUUACUUCCAGAAGGCCUCGCCAUCUUCUGCAAAUUUUGGAGCUUGGUUAUAACGUGAUGUAUAAUGAUGUGGAUAUGGUAUGGUUAGCAGAUCCAUUUCCUUACUUGAAAGGGGAGCAUGAUGUGUACUUCAUGGAUGACAUGACUGCAGUGAAACCUCUGAAUCACUCUCACGAUUUGCCACCUCCAGGGAAAAAAGGCCGAACUUACAUAUGUAGCUGCAUGAUUUAUAUGCGACCCACAAAUGGAGCAAAAUUAGUGAUGAAGACGUGGAUUGAAGAACUAUCGGCUCAACCAUGGUCCAAGGCAAAGAAAGCUAAUGAUCAGCCUGCUUUUAACUGGGCACUAAACAAAACUGCUGGACAGGUCGACUUGUAUCUGCUUCCUCAAGUAGCGUUCCCAACGGGUGGUCUGUACUUCAAGAACCAAACAUGGGUGCAAGAGACCAAGGGAAUGAAUGUCAUUAUCCACAAUAACUAUAUUACUGGUUUUGAGAAGAAGAUAAAGCGUUUCCGUGAAUUUGGUCUGUGGUUGGUGGAAGAUCAUGCUUCUGAGUCCCCUCUUGGCAGAUUAGACUAGACCCGAUGGCCAUUCCAUAUCUGGACAUGAAACCUCACAUUGUAAUCUCUUCUCGUCAAGCAAAAACGCGAUUUUGUGGUAAAAGAUUUGUAAUUCCAGCUGCAGCUCACUUGUUGCUAGGAAACUCUUGAAUUCUAGAUGAUUAUAUAUAAAUAUAUGUAGUUGCAACAACAGCUCCCACCCAGAUUUGCCCUGAGCUGGAAUUUUCUGACAUGUAGAGAAGCUGUGAAGCACUCAAGCGCCUGUUACUCCUUGAUUUAUUGUGUAUUUCUACCAUCCAAAAAUGUAGUUUUCAAACUGGUUCAAAUAAUUUAUUUAUUUUUAUUAUUUAGAAGCAUUUGUUUUUAAGGGUUCCAUGUAAUAUUUUUUUUAGACGCAUCAAGAGAAUUGAUAAUGAAUAGUCAUAAGUUAUUGGCAAAUUA